CGGCUCGAUAUUGUCAUCCGAUUCUCGACAUUCCUUACUCUAAUAACCUCAUAUUGCCUUGCUUGCCCCCCAGCGUCACCCUUUGCUGACGUGCUCCCUUGUGCAGCUCUGGCUGGUUCACCCACUGGAACCGUGGCGUCAGAUCUCCUAUCAACCUUGCAACAGUCGCCGCCACCCAUAUAACUUUGCGUCGACGAGCUCGAGCUCAUCAUUUUUGUCCCGGUUAUCAACGAAGCGCUCUCUGUCCCUGAUUCCUCUCUUGCGACCUCACGUCUCUCGACCAGUCCGCCGUCGCGGCAUAACUCAUUGACGAUGAAUUCGGCCACAGCGACGAGCGUAGAAACAUCCAAUGGCUCGGCUCCGAGCUCAGUCUCCCGGCGCAGCGGCCACGACGUCACUCAGCGCGAACCGCAGAACCGCACCAACGGAGGGGCCACUACCGGGUCUCCCAAGAAGGCUGGACAGAAGUACAGACAUGUUGUUGCUGUGCACUCCAAGACGAGGCCUUCGUGUCUGAGCUACGAUUCCGAUGCGACACCCAGCUUCCUCGGCUUCCGCAACUUGAUGGUGAUCGUGUUGGAGGUCUAUCUUGGUGGUGAACGUGCCGCUGACAUGAUCAAUUACCGACAAGAUGUCUUCAUGGGACUCCUCCUCUACUUCUUGAUCCCAUGCCAUCUCCUCGCCGCCUAUCUAAUUGAGCUGGCUGCCGCCCAGCAGGCUCGAGGAUCCAUUAAGCAUGUUAAAGAAGGCCCUGCUGGUGGUCCCUCGGAACAGGAGCGCAAGAAGUUCCACAAGACCUGGGUCAUGGUGGCAUGGGCUCAUGCUGUCAAUAUCACCCUUGCUCUCGUCCUCACCACCUGGGUUGUCUACUUCAAGAUUCACCACCCCUUGAUUGGUACACUGACCGAGAUGCACGCCGUUAUCGUCUGGCUCAAGACGGCUUCGUAUGCUUUUACCAACCGUGACUUGCGACACGCCUACCUGCACCCUGUGGAGGGCGAGCGCGAGCUGGUCCCCGAGCUGUACGAACAAUGCCCAUACCCUAAGAACAUUACAGUGGGCAAUCUGAUCUACUUCUGGUGGGCGCCUACUCUCGUCUAUCAGCCUGUCUAUCCUCGCACGGACAAGAUCAGAUGGGUAUUCGUGGCCAAGCGACUUGGAGAGAUCUUCUGUCUCAGUGUCUUCAUCUGGGUUGCCAGCGCUCAGUACGCCGCACCUGUUCUUCAGAACUCGCUUGACAAGAUCGCAUCUCUCGACAUCAUGUCUAUCCUUGAGCGGUUGAUGAAACUGUCAACAAUCUCCCUCGUUAUCUGGCUGGCUGGCUUUUUCGCCCUCUUCCAGUCCUUCCUGAAUGCCCUCGCCGAGAUCCUGAGGUUCGGCGAUAGGUCGUUCUAUGAUGACUGGUGGAACAGUGAGAGUCUUGGAGCCUACUGGCGAACAUGGAACAAGCCUGUCUACACGUAUUUCAAGCGUCACGUCUACAUGCCUAUGAUUGGACGUGGUUGGAGCCCGCAGGCAGCCAGCUUUUCCGUCUUCUUUGUCUCUGCAGUUUUGCAUGAGAUCCUUGUUGGUGUUCCUACUCAUAACAUCAUCGGUGUUGCAUUCAUGGGCAUGUUCCUCCAGCUUCCGCUCAUUGCCCUUACCAAGCCUCUCGAAAAGAUGAAGCUCGGUCACACUGGAAGGGUGAUUGGAAACAUCACCUUUUGGGUAUCAUUUACUAUGUUUGGACAGCCUUUUGCGGCUUUGAUGUACUUUUACGCAUGGCAAGCAAAGUACGGAAGUGUGAGCAAACAAAUGUCGCCAGCAGCGGCCAGAUAGGAGUGUUUUACUGGGUUGGGGCGUAAACCUCAUUUUACUGAUGUUGUGUUAAGAGUCCUGGAGUUGAGCUAUACAGAUGAUUAAUCGAUUUCGCAUCAACAUGCAAUUCAUCAUGUAUCUACCUCCUUGCCAGACCCUGAUUAGAUCCUGCCUAUUAUACAUUCUCCAUAUGCAGCU